AUGUCCACCCUAGAGGAUCUCGACGACCUUGAGCGUGAGGAGAGAGACAAGAAGAAGGAGCAGGGCGAUGGCGACGGCAAGAAGCCCGAAGGCGACGGCGAUGCUGAAAUGGACGAUGCCGCAAAGAAGGACGACGAUGAUGAACUUCUGGACGAGGAAAUCCUUCACUCCAGCACAGCCGACAUCGUCAAGCGACGACGGAUGCUCGAGAACGAGAUGCGCAUAAUGAAAAGCGAAUACCAGCGGUUGACGCACGAGCAGAGCACGAUGAGAGAAAAGGUCAAGGAUAACCAGGAGAAGAUCGAGAAUAACAGACAACUACCGUACCUUGUCGGAAACGUCGUUGAGCUGCUGGACCUGGACGUCGAGGCCGAAGCCGCCGAGGAAGGAGCCAACAUCGAUCUGGACGCUACUCGAGUGGGCAAGUCUGCGGUUAUCAAGACGUCGACUCGCCAGACCAUCUACCUACCUCUCAUUGGUCUCGUAGAUCACGAGAAACUCAAGCCCGGUGAUCUGAUCGGUGUGAACAAGGACUCAUAUCUUGUCUUGGAUACACUACCAGCUGAAUAUGAUAACCGGGUCAAGGCCAUGGAGGUCGAUGAGAAGCCGACGGAGAAGUACACGGAUAUCGGUGGGUUGGACAAGCAGAUUGAGGAGAUUGUCGAAGCUAUCGUAUGGCCGAUGAAGGAAGCGGAGCGUUUCAAGAAGAUUGGUAUCAAGGCGCCAAAGGGUGCUUUGAUGUAUGGUCCUCCCGGUACCGGUAAAACCCUUCUGGCUCGUGCCUGUGCGGCCGAGACAAACGCCACCUUCUUGAAGCUUGCCGGUCCUCAGCUGGUGCAGAUGUUCAUCGGUGACGGUGCCAAGCUUGUCCGUGACUGCUUCGCUCUCGCGAAGGAGAAAGCCCCUUCGAUCAUCUUCAUCGACGAGUUGGAUGCCGUGGGUACGAAACGUUUCGACUCGGAGAAGUCCGGUGACCGUGAAGUGCAACGAACCAUGCUGGAGCUCCUGAACCAGCUGGACGGAUUUGCCUCGGAUGACCGAAUCAAGGUGCUGGCUGCUACCAACCGUGUCGAUGUCCUCGAUCCCGCCUUGCUGCGAUCCGGUCGUCUGGACCGUAAGAUCGAGUUCCCUCUGCCCAACGAGGAGGCUCGUGCCAACAUCCUGCGCAUCCACUCCCGCAAGAUGACCGUGGAGGACUCGGUGAACUGGGCCGAAUUGGCCCGCAGUACGGACGAGUUCGGUGGUGCCCAGCUGAAGGCUGUUUGCGUCGAGGCCGGUAUGAUCGCUCUCCGUAAGGGCCAGAGCAAGAUCGGACACGAGAACUACGUGGAUGCCAUCGCGGAAGUACAGGCGAAGAAGAAGGACACGAACAUGGGUAUCUACGUCUAA